AUGAAACUUAUAUUUGCAUUGUCUUGCACUCCUGGGUCUGCUUUUGUGGGUUUGAUGGGAAGUGAAAUGGAUUAUAGUUCUGGGGAAGACGCAGACGUAAGUGAAUCCAAAAUAGAUCAGUAUGAAGAUAUAGCUUAUGAAGAAUUGAAGAGUGGAAGCCACCUCAUCAGAAUAUCCAAUGAAGCUUACACUUGCCCAUACUGUCCAAAGAAAAGAAAGCGAGAUUACCUAUACAAGGAACUCUUACAGCAUGCAAGUGGUGUGGGCAAGUGUAAUUCACAAAAGAGAAGUGCAAGAGAUAAAGCCAAUCAUCUAGCAUUGGCAAAAUACUUGGAGAAAGAAUUAGCAGUUGUCGUGGGUCCGUCAGAACCUGUUGCUGAGGUUGAUCCUCUAGCAGAUCAUGAUGGUGAUGAGAUGUUUGUGUGGCCAUGGAUAGGAAUUGUUGUUAACCUUCCUACUGAAAGGAAGGACGGGCGUUGUGUUGGGGAAAGUGGUUCUAAGCUAAGGGACCAGUUUAUAUGGAGAGGCUUCAAUCCCACAAGAGUGCACCCUCUCUGGAAUUAUCGUGGCCAUUCAGGAAGUGCGGUUGUGGAAUUCAAUAAUGGUUGGUCUGGGUUCAACAAUGCCAUGUCUUUUGAGAAGGCUUACGAGGCUGAUCAUCAUGGGAAAAAGGACUGGGAGGCAGUGAAUGCUCAAAAGUCUGAUGCUUCUGAUCUUUAUGCUUGGGUAGCUCGUGCUGAUGACUACAAUUCCAAUGGCAUAAUUGGGGAACAUCUCCAUAAGAUGGGAGACAUUAGAACCAUCUCUGAUAUAAUGGCGGAUGAAGCCCGUAAGACAAGUCAGCUAGUAUGUAAUUUGACAAAUGUCAUCGAGGUUAAGAAGAUGCACUUAAAAGAGAUGGAGGAAAAAUGCAAUGAGACUUCAAAGUCCCUUAGCAUGUUAAUUGCUAAAAAAGAUGAGCUUUAUCUGGAUUACAAUGAAGAGAUAAAAAAGAUUCAGUCAAGUGCGCGGGAACAUUUUCAGAAGAUUUUUAAUGACCAUGAAAAGCUUAAGCUGCAAUUGGAAACUCAAAAGAGAGAGCUCGAGCUCAAGGGUGAAGAAUUGGAGAAACGUGAGGCGCAAAAUGAAAACGAAAGAAAAAAGCUCUUUGAAGAGAUUGAAAAGAAUACUAUGGAAAAUAGUUCACUUCAGACAGCUGCUGAAGAGCAGAAAAAAACUGAUGAAAAUGUAAUGAAAUUGGCAGAUAUACAGAAGAAGCAAAAAGAGGAUCUCCAUAAGAAAAUCAUUCAGCUGGAAGAACAACUGGAUGCAAAGCAAGCAGUGGAGCUAGAAAUUGAGCGUCUGAGAGGAACAUUAAAUGUUAUGAAGCACAUGGGAGAUGAUGGUGAUUUAGAAGUUUUACAAAAGGUGGAGGCAAUGCAGACAAUGUUGAGGGAAAAGGAAGGAGAAUUUGAGGAUUUAGAAUCAUUGAACCAAGCUUUAAUAGUGAAGGAGCUCAAGAGCAAUGAUGAGCUUCAGGAAGCUCGUAAAGAACUGAUUAAUGGCUUGAAAGACCUAUCAGAGACUGCUCAUAUAGGUAUUAAGAGAAUGGGGGAGCUCGACAACAAACCAUUCCAUGAAGCAAUUAAGAGGAAGUAUAAUGAAGUAGAAGCAGACGAGAGAGCUUCAGAAUUGUGCUCAUUGUGGAAGGAGUAUCUUCGAGAUCCUGAUUGGCAUCCCUUCAGAGUCAUCAAUGUUCAUGGAAAACAUCAGAGAGUUCUACAUGAUGAAGAUGAAAAGUUGAAAGGUCUGAAGAAUGAAUUUGGUGAUGAAGUCUACAAGGCUGUCACAACAGCUUUGACCGAAAUCAAUGAUUACAAUCCAAGUGGAACAUAUAUCAUUUCAGAGCUGUGGAACUACCCUGAAGGUCGGAAAGCUACUUUGAAAGAGGGAGUCGCCUUCAUACUGAAACAAUGGAAAAUCUUCAAGCGCAAGAGCGGGAUGGAUUGAUGGUCGGAAUUAUGUCAUGCCUAGUGUAAACUAUUGCAGUCCGUAUCUAUGUCAAGAAUAAUGAAGGGUCACAAUGCCACUAGAGUUUUCCAUAUAACAAAGUGGCUGGGUGAUGCAGACAUAGUUUUGAGAGAUCUGUAAGAAUGAACUAUGGAACUAUGU